GUAAUAACCAGUUCUCUUGAAAAGCCAAUGUGUUCAAUGAUCACUUUUGGUGACAUUCUUUCAAACAACAUUUAGGAGACUACUUCAUCAUCCAAUCACAGAAUGGAAGAAUAUGAAUUCCCAUGUUGUGAGGGAAAUUUCUGGUUGUUCCUGAUUACAUGUCUGGUGAUUGUGUCACUAGCAGGCAUUGCAUCAGGCCUAGCUCUAGGACUAUUGUCAUUCAGCCAAGUUGAUCUUGAGGUCAUCAUUAAAUCUGGCUCUUCAAAAGACAGAAAACAUGCAGAAAGGAUUCAACCAUUUGUAAAGAAUGGACAUUUCGUCCUGUGUACCCUUCUUCUUGGAAAAUCACUGGCUAUGGAGGCAUUGCCAAUUUUUAUGGACGCAAUAAUCCCAGCUUGGUUUACAAUUCUCAUGUCAGCACCCUUGGUGACUGUAUUUGCAGAGAUUUUACCUCAAGCUAUAUGCUCUCGGUAUGGACUUUCUUUGGGAGCGAAAUUGGCUUUCUUUACUCAAUUCCUUAUGCUGAUCUUCUUCCCUAUAACCUACCCAGCUAGCAAGAUGCUGGAUUGGGCUCUAGGGAAAGAGCAGUCAGUUCUUUUGAGAAGAUCAGAGUUGAAGACAUUUGUGGACUUACAUGCGAAUGAGGCAGGGAAAGGGGGAGAAUUGUCACAUCAUGAAACUUCUAUAAUCAGAGGUGCUAUAGAUUUGACUCAGAAGGCAGCUAAAGAUGCAAUGACACCCAUAUUUGAAACUUUUUCUCUGGAUAUAAAUUCCAAACUAGACAUGCAUACAAUGACUCAAAUUAUGAGUAAAGGUCACAGUCGAAUACCUAUACACUCUGGAAACCCAAGAAAUAUUGUUGGUCUCAUCUUGGUUAAAAAUCUAAUCUUCUGCCGCCCAGAAGAUGAGACCCCAAUCAAGAAUUUGAUCAUCAGGAGAAUUCCUAGGGUGUAUGAAAGUUGGCCACUAUAUGAGAUAUUGAGUCAAUUCAAGCAGGGUUAUAGCCAUAUGGCUGUUGUCCUGAAGGGCAACAAGGACAUACCCAAAAGUGCAUCUGAUUCAGUCGAUACACCUCCCAUUUUAUACAAUACUCAUAAAAUAUCAAACCAAGCUCAAAUUACUGGAGAGUCUGAUUCUUCCUUUAUUCUUGAAAUGAGUCCGAGAGGUUCUAUUUAUGAAUCAACUUUGUCUUCCAGUGACGUUGAAUUUCAUAGUCUAACAUUAAAAAAUCUCAUGAUACCUGAUGAUGAACUUCAAGAAUCCAAACAGUGGGAACAAGAAGGUAGAUAUGCCUCACAGGAACAAAUGGAGUCUCUUGCUGCUAUUGUGGAUGAAGAGGUGAUUGGCAUAAUUACAAUGGAGGAUGUUAUGGAGGAACUAUUACAGGGGGACAUACUGGAUGAAACUGAUGAAUUUGUUCAGGUGCAUACGAACAUUAGAAUUAACCUGAGGAAUUCACAAAGAUCACAAUCAAGAUCAUCAAGGAGAGGUUCUUGGUCCAGUCAUCAUUUGAAUUGAAAAACUUUGUAACAAAUAUUUACUUUGUCUAGUCUAAGUGACAUCAAUAUUUCAGAAGUUCUUAUUGGAUACUUUUGUUUCAUCAUCAA